GUGUUUUUACGGCAGCCUGCUGGUUUCCUUCCACAAACAGAGAUGUCAGUUGGCUGAGAGGUGACAUGUACACACAGCAAAUAAAACAAACGAGGUCGACAUAACUCAGCUCUAGCAGAAACACGCGAUUACGCGACGCAAACAUCGCUUCGAGGCGACAAAGUACGCGUGAAAUGGGUGAGCAGAAAUGUUUUGACUAGUCAGCUGACUAGCCUGAUAACAGCAACUACAGCACUGCAAUAAAUGCAAACUCUUUGCAGAUACGAGUGGCUCGUUUAACAAAUGUUUGGAGUUGUUUUGGCACGGAAAAGUGUUUGCCUCGUUAAUGAGGAAGUAGGGUUUUCCACAACUCUGUGACAGAAGAAAUUACUUCAACCUUUUUUCGCGCGUGUUGCUCUUCAAGUUAAGCUUGAUAAGUUAACACUACUAUGCUUGGCAGAGCUGUUUGCCACUCCCAGCUUUUACUGCUGUCAGGAAGUCUCUGAUGUCCUGUAUGGUGACCACCCUCGACUGAGUCGUUUAUGUUCAGUCCAUCAAAGAGCAUUUGGAGCAAAAGGCAGAUCAUGUGGCUUCAGCAGAGAUUAAAGGGGCUGCCUGGUUUGCUCUCGAGCAGCUGGGCCCGCCGUGUCUUGGUUGGGUUACUGCUCUUCCUCAUCUUCUACUGGUACUUGAGCUCAGAUGGGCUCCUGAAGGCUCUGAGCAUGUCCGGGGAGUCUGGAGGAGCGGCGGGGGUUUGUUUGCAGACUGAUCUUCACAGGUGGGUGUCGUUGGUGGACCGAGGGGAGGGAGUGGUUCUCACCCCCCAGACCAAAGAAACAGUACCAUUUGUGGUCGGUAAUGGACAUUUUCUGGUGGAUGUGGACUCUAACAAACUCUGGGUAGCUUCAUCUUCACAGCCUGGAUCCGCACCGGUUCACCAAACAGACUACGGGCCGGUGGUGCGGUCGCAGAUCCCGGGAUCGCGCUCGGAGGCUCGGGGAAUGAUGCUGUGGUACAGAAAAGGCUCUGUCUUUUCCACCAGGUGCAUCCUGACCGCUUCUUCUCAGUCUUCUCGCGACUGCGUCGUCAUACGAGAGGAAUUUGUUGCGCAUCGCAGCCGACCCAAUGUUUAUCUUCAGAGGAUUCACGUAUCGAACCCCACGGACCGCCAGGUUUCAAUCGACCUGGUUUCGAUUGAGUCUCUGUCGUUUAGGAGCACCGUGGAGAAGAUGGAGGAAAAGGAGUUUGUUCUCUCCUCAGGCCGGGUGCUCACGGAAAAGAAGGACACCGUGUUGGUGGUGGUGGGCACAAAGCAGCUGAGCCCCAAGAUCCAGGUUUCUGCCAAAUCUGAAUACUCAGAAAACCUGGUGAGCGUGAUUCACACCUCAGAGCCCACCGAGGGCGGGAAACUGGACGAGACCCUCGGCAAACUGAGAGAAGGAGUCAAGAGAGAGAUGGUGGAUGUCCUCCGAGCCGAUGUGGAAGAAUUAAUGCAAGAGCACCAGCAAGCAUGGGUGGAUCUCUUCAUAUCUGGUGUGGAAAUCAGAAAGAUCACAGACGCCCAUACUCCGUCCAGUCGCACAGUCAACAACACGCUAUAUUACAUUCUGUCGACCUCUACAGCGCCCCUCCUGGAUCAGAGUCUGACCGCAGAAGAGCACGAACGCCUGGAGUCCAGUCUGAACUAUGCCGACCACUGCUUCAGCGGCCACGCCACCAUGCACGCCGAGAACCUGUGGCCGGAGCGCCUGACCAACGUGGCUCAGAUCCUGCAGCUGGUGAAUCUCUGGAACCUGACCUUCCAGAAGAGAGGAUGCAAGGUCCUCGUCGCGGCAGGCACUCACGGUAUGAUGCAAGGCAUGGUCCUGAGUUUUGGUGGUCUGCAGUUCACCGAAAACCACCUUCAGUUCCAGGCCGACCCAGAUGUUCUUCACAACAGCUACUCUUUGAGGGGCAUCCAUUACAAUAAAGACCUUAUCAACCUGGCCGUGCUGCAGGACGCCGAGGGCAAGCCCUUCCUGCAUGUGUCCGUCAAGCCUCAGGAGAAACCUGUGAAGCUGUACGCCUGCGAGGCCGGCUGCAUGAACGAGCCCGUGGAGCUGACCUCGGAGCUGCGAGGCCACAUGUUUCCGGUGAUGGUGACCCAGCCCAUCACGCCUCUGCUGUACAUCUCCACUGAUCUCACUCACCUGCAAGACCUGAGACACACCAUGCACGUCAAGGCCAUCUUGGCUCACGAGGACCACAUGGCCAAGCAGUACCCAGGCCUGCCCUUCCUCUUCUGGUUCAGCGUGGCGUCCCUCAUCACGCUUUUCCACCUCUUCCUCUUCAAACUCAUCUACAAUGAGUACUGUGGGCCUGGAGCCAAGCCGCUCUUCAGGAGCAAGGAUGAUGUUUCUCUCUGAAGCCUAAUCCAGUAUGCAGAUACAUUAAAUAUGGCUCUAUCUCUGGAUGUCCUCUCAGGAUUGGUUUUAAUCUCUGGAGAUGUGCCGAUGUAUUUAAGACAUGUUUUCCAUUAUUGCUGUGUGAAUUUAAUUAUGAAUAUUAUCUGAUGUCUGUCGAGGAUUAUGUAAAUUGUUAAGGUUAAAAUAUGAAGACCAUAUAAAAUAUCAAUAAUUAUGAAGGAUUCAAACAAGACCUUUAUUAUUUAUUAUUCUAGCUUAUAAACAAGCGCAAUAAUAAAAUCUUAAUGGAAACCAAAUCAAACAUGCAGCUCCUAAACACUGAUUUUAUGUGAAUGAAGAAAAAAAUCGUAUAAAAUCGCAAUGAAAUGGCAGUAGCAACAGAGCUUUUUUUCUGUAUUGUGAUGAACAUCUGAGUGUAACAGAUAAUUAAAGAAACAAUGUAAAUCGUGGAUUGGCGAAUGGGGAUAAAUGAGUGGAGAAGUCAGGCUUAUAUCACCUUAUUUUCACUACAAUAAUAAAUUGUGACAUUUUGAUUAUGAGUUCAAACAAAUCAGAUACACGUAUGAAAAUCAGCUAAAUGAAUCUACGUCAGUAGUAGAAAUACUGACCCUUCUUAAAACAGCUGGGAAGAGGGAAUAUUGUAUGUAUUUAUUUGAAAAAUCAGCAUUGAACAUCACAGAUUCACGUUUGUUUACUGUAUACUUAAUCACAUGGAAUAUAGAAGGUAAAACAGCAUGUCAUUGUUAUAAUGACAGUUUCAGGCAGAUGAUAACCGCUUGUCUCUUAUUAAUGUCCCACCGUGUUUAAAAGACAAUAAAUGUGGAAUGUCUUGGACUUCAUUAGAUUAUCAUCCAGCUGAUGAUUUUAUUACAAGUGGCUCACAUUCUCUACUCAGAGACACAAUGGUAGUUGGUGAAUGUUUGAAUUCACAGCUAGCAAUGGUUAUGAGAAAAUAAACCACUGGGCUUCCCCAACUACAGGCUGCAUUGAGUUGCAUUGCACAACAAACUGGCCUCGUAGCCUUACCAGACUGCUGUUCCACUGGUUUUAGAUGGUCGGCCAGUUGGUCUCCCAGAAUGAGCGGCUGAUGGUGCCCAAAACCCCUCUAAAACCAGCCAACAGACCAGGUAAGACCAACCAAAAGCUAAUUAAAAAAAAAAAAAAAAAAACUGGAUGAGAGAGAACUUCAAAUAGAGGACGACAUGUGAUGUUUAAAGUUUCAUGGGAAAAAGUACUUUUAUCAUUACUUCAAUUGAAAAUUACUUCAUCAUUACUUCAGACCCUGGACUGCGUGGUAUACACCACUGUAUAAUCUAUAAUAGAGUCAUUAUAUAUAGAUCAGUGGUAUACACACUCAAAAAUGACCUAGAGCACUCAAAGAAUUUAUUUGACGCCAAUAUGUAAAAGAGCUGGUUAUUUCCAAUGAUUACAAAAGUGCACAAACAUUGUAAAAGUUGUAGGAGUGAAAUGUUUUAGUCUUGAGAUGCUGGAGGUCCAGAUAACAGAACAUUUCUCGAAGACGGUUUGUAUAGGUGUGAUGGAGUAAGUAGAAGACCUCACUCCAUCUUUGUCAUGGUCUUCAUCACUGGAAUGAAGACAGUCCUCCAGACUUGAGUCCUCCCUCAACAAGUGUUUCUUAUCCCGUAGGAGCCUUGAGGUUGUAUUGAACAGGUACGAGUGAACAUGGUUCUUAGCUCCACAUGCUUUUAUUGUAAAUGUUGUUUGUUCAUUAAAUUAACCAGUCAAGAAACGGA